AUGGACGCUCGCGACGACACCGAGCCGUCUAGACGCGACUACAAGGCCCCGUACACCACCCACCAUCCCGUUCCGACCAUCGGCCGCUACCGCGAGGAGAAGGCGCAGCGCGAGACCCAAUACGCCACUCCCACCUCCAGCCAGGACGACCCAGGAUGGACCGAGCGAGCUGCAGGUACCGCAAAGGCAUACUGGAAGGGCGAGAGGCCUCAGGCUGAGCCCGCUGGCUCCAGUACCUCUGCCCAGCCGUACCCAAGCCAGAACAAGAACUUGAUCGAACGGGACGAUGAUCAGGCUCUGCCACAGCAUCAGGGCCGUGAUGAGGAGCCAAUGGACCCCGCACACGACUCUGCUGUUCAGAAAGACGGUGAAGGCGGUGGAGACGUUGCCGAGGACACGUCCGAGGAUAUCAUGGCCACGAAAGAUGCCAGAGAGCGCCGGAAGCUGAUGAAAAAGAAGAGCGACGACCCGACCAAGCGGACUGUGACUGACCCGGUCACCCACCUGCCCAUCACCAUCCACGAUUUCACCAAGAAUGACCUCAAGACUGCCCCUCAAAACGAACCAGCCGCAGGCACCCACCGACGCACCGCUACUGGCACCAGCGCCAAGGACAAGGACGACGACGAUCUCCACGAAGAAGUCACUGAGAGCCAGGCCUGCCACUCGGGAAUGGAAAUGCUCUUCCCGCCGCCGGCGUUCGACAACAUACGCGUAGAGCUGACGGAAAUCUACAAAACCGCUGCCACGGCUGGCUUGUCUCUGGUCGUGGGCCUGACCUCCUUGUUGCUAGCUCUGGCGAAGCUCUUCAUCCGUUCAGAUUUCGGCCUCCAAGUGGCCGUUCCCGUCAUUCUGCUCGCAACAGCAGGCACAGGAGCCGCGAUCAUAUGGGCGAUGCGCGACUGGGUCGACAAAAAGGUUUCAGAUCUGUGGGAUGACGAGAUGUGGGAGGCCGAAAGGCAGAGGGGGAAAGAGCUCGCCAAAGCUGAAAUGCCCGAGUCAACUCAGUGGCUCAACUCCCUUCUUGCGUCCAUUUGGCCCCUUGUAAAUCCGGACCUUUUCACUAGCUUGGUCGACACUCUCGAGGAUGUCAUGCAAGCAAGUUUGCCUAAGGUCGUAAGAAUGGUCAGCGUGGAUGACCUCGGCCAAGGGAGCGAGUCUGUCCGCAUCCUAGGCGUUCGAUGGCUACCAACUGGUGCUGCUGGGAUGUCCGUGUCGCAAAAUGGGAAGCUGAAGGGCAACGGAGACUCGAAGAACAGCGACCGCACUGUUCCUGGCGAGGGAGAAGAACAGGGUGUCCAACGUGACAAGGGCAACCAAGAGAAGAGCCCGGAGAAGUUGCAGGACGAUGAAAACAUCGGCGAAGGUAUGGAGGCCGAGGAAGGUGAUUUCGUAAACGUGGAGAUCGCGUUCUCAUACCGCGCGCGAACUGUUCACCGUGGAAUCCGGGACCGGGCCAAAAACAUGCAUCUUUACUUAGCUUUCUAUCUCCCAGGCAAUCUUCGACUGCCUGUCUGGGUCGAGUUGCACGGGAUCGUCGGAACUAUGCGCUUGAGACUUCAGCUUUGCCCGGACCCACCCUUCUUCAGUCUCUGCACCCUGACGUUUCUGGGACAGCCGAAGGUUUCCGUCUCUUGUAUACCGCUCACCCAACGCGGGCUCAACAUCAUGGAUCUACCUCUGAUAUCCAACUUCGUUCAAAGUUCCAUAGACGCUGCCAUGGCCGAAUAUGUCGCGCCGAAGUCCCUCACGCUUGACUUGAAGGAUAUGCUCAUGGGCGACGACUUCAAGAAAGACACGGCUGCUCGUGGAGUCAUUAUGGUCCGGAUCAUCCGCGCUUUUGAUUUCAAGGAAGGCGAUGCUGGGUUCUUAUGGAAGAAGGGCUCGACGGACGGUUACGUAUCGGUGGGUUGGGCCAAGUUCAGUAAGCCUUUGUGGUCAACACGGAUUAUUCAGUCGGAGAUGGAGCCAGUUUGGGAUGAGACAGCGUUUGUGCUGGUGACCGCAGACGAGUUGAACGUUGACGAACGUCUACGUAUCCAGCUGUGGGACUCUGACCGCACUACCGCCGACGAUGAUCUGGGAAGGAUCGAAGUGGACAUUAAGCAGUUGAUGCGGUCGCCUGAAAGCCGUGGCAAGAUGAUGGAUAGAGUAGAUGGCUUCAAAGCUCUCACUGCUGGUGAAUCCAUGCCAGGGAGGUUAGAGUGGAGCGUCGGAUAUUUCCCGAAAGUUCGCGUGCUCGACUCUCAAUUGGCCCAGCAGCAAGCGGACCCCGAGAUUAACUCUGUGGAUCAACUGAAACAGAUUGCUGAUGAAGAAAGCGAGCGAAAGCUUCGCGAAUCCAAGAAGGACGAAUCUGCUGAACUCGAGCAACAGAAAGCCCAAGACUUUAAGGAGAGGCAAGACCAGCUGCUCAUAUCGUCCCCUCCACCCCAGGAAUAUCCGAGUGGCAUCCUCUCGAUCACCAUCCAUCAGAUCACAGGACUUGAGCUCGAGCCUAUCAACAAGAACAAAGCUAGCAAACAUGAGGCAGAGAGUGACGAAGAGCAAGAGGGGGAUGAUUUGCCAAGCUCGUACUGUACCAUCAUCAUCAACCAUGGGAAGGUUUUCCGGACGAGGACGAAGCCUAAAAACUCACAGCCUUUUUUCAACGCUGGCUGCGAGCGCUUUCUCCGCGACUGGAGAAAUACCGACGUCCACAUUUCAGUGCGAGAUUCUAGAGUCCACGAAGAUGACGCACUUCUGGGGAUUGUGUAUCUACCUCUGGGCAGGGUCCUCGCGAAACGGUCUCAAGUCAACGCUUUCUUCCCGUUAUCCGGCGGCGUUGGGUAUGGCCGUGCUCGUGUCUCCAUGGUUUUCCGCUCAGUCCAUCUACAAGCGCCACGAAACAUCCUUGGCUGGGACUACGGCACCCUGGAAGUUGCCCCGGAGACAGAAUCGACAGAUCUUCCUCCAGACUUCAAGAACCUACGCUUGAAAGUCCGGACGAAUCUUGGGCGUGGCAAAAUGUACAACUCUGGCCUAGGUACCGGCGAAAACCAACAGCUACACUCCAACGACACGUGGAGGAGCAGGCGGUCCAGACCACUCAAGCUCGCGGUUCGCAGGCGCUAUGCCAGCCCUGUCAUCGUGGAAUUCAAGAAGCCGAAAUCUGUGCUGGAUGGAUUGCAGGCUUACGGCGUCUUUUGGCUCAAGGACAUACCGGACAACGAGGAGCAAACCAUCACCGUCUCCAUGUGGAAGAAUGGCGACAUGAAGCAUGCGUUGACGUGUUCCGCUGACGAAGUGCGGGGAGCGACAAAGGUUGGGACAGUGACCCUCCGUGUUACAUUCUGGAACGGCUUGUCCGGCUAUCAUAUCCCGUUGGCUUCCAAGGAUCCGAACAUCGCGCAGGUCAUGGAAGUAUUAGACACGGCCCAUGACAAUGACGAGAUGGAUUUCGACGUCGGCGACGGUGGCAGCUCGAGCAGUAGUAGUUCUUCGAGCAGUGACGACAGCGAGGACGAAAGCGACUACAAUAAGAACAAGGAUGGCGACGUAACACCCACAACGUCUGCCAGCCGAGGAAGUGGCGACAGCGUCCGCAGCGGCAGAUCGGACCGCCUCAGCAAGAAUGGCAAGAGAGGCCUGGCGGCGUCGGUGAAGGAGUACAAGAAGCACAGGAAGCAGUUGCACCGAAGUAAUCGCGGCAUGAUGCAGUGGAAGGGACCAAGGACAUUGCAGUGGAUGAAACACAAGGUUGAGCAUGGAGAGCAGAGAGUUGAAAGUCUGUUCAAGCAUCGAGAGCGUGAGCCUGGCAUCGAAACUGAGGUCUAA